AUGGUCCUUGUGGUGGGUGUCAUUGAGGUGAUGAUUUUGGUUGUGGAGGCUAUUGAUUGCACAUUGGUUGUUCGCUUGUCCAUUUGUAUCUCUCUGAGGAUCGUUUACCCCGGUGAGGAAGGUGAUGUUCAGGAGACCUUGUCAAGCCUGAAGCUUCCAGAAUUGUAUGCCUAUUUGGUCGAAGAAGUGAAUCUUCAGGAACCUUUGGGUCCAAAAGAUUCGGAACUUAUUGGUCCCAAACAGCUUGCAUUCAUGAUGUUUCAGCAGUUCAACCGUUUAAACUACCAGGCGAGGAAGAUGUUGUUGAAGAUCCCUCAAUUGCAUCAGGAAACUGGCCAGUUUUGGUGA